CCCCACUCUCCGCCCCCUUACUAAUGUCUCUUUUUCGCCUUCUCUACCACUUGAGUUGGCAUUAGCACUGUGCUGUGCACAACAACGCUUGGUUUGGAAUGUAGGCGCAAAGACAUCUGUCUCCAAAAUGGACCUGCAAUCCGAGCUCCUGAAGUCCAUCUGGUACGCGUUCACAUCGCUGGACGUGGAGAAAUGCGGCAAAGUAUCCAAGUCCCAGUUGAAGGUUCUCUCUCAUAACCUUUACACAGUGUUGAACAUCCCACACGACCCUGUGGCACUGGAGGAACAUUUUCAAGAUGAUGACAGUGGACCUGUGUCAACCCAUGGCUACAUGCCCUACCUCAACAAAUACAUACUGUCCAAGGUCAAAGAGGGGGCGUUUGACAAGGAGGAGUUUGACGACCUGUGCUGGAUGAUGACCAAGAAGAAGAACUACAAACCUACUAGCAGCCAAGGGGGCCUAUUGUGCUCCCCAAGAGACUGUUUCAAACUGUUCUGUUUGUUUAACUUGCUCUCAGAGGACCACUACCCACUUGUCAUGAUCCCUCUGGAGGUGGAAUAUUUGCUGAAGAAAAUCUCCACAGCAAUGAACCAGGAGUGGGAUGGCAAGCCUCUGGAGGACCUGCUAUCCCAGGAUGCCUCUGUCCAGGAGGAGGGCAUGUCAGUGUGGAUGUUCCUUGACCAUAUGGACACUGGGAGGUUGCUGAGGGUCACCAGUGUGGAGGCCUUCAGUCUGGCCCUAGACCAUGUCUUCCUUGAAAUGUACCACAAUGUCCUGAAAAGCGGUUACAUGUGGAAGAAGGGACACGUGCGUAGGAACUGGACAGAGCGUUGGUUCGUGCUCAGGCCCUCUGUCAUGGCCUACUACAGCAACGAGGAACUAAAAGAAAAGAAGGGAGAGAUCCCACUGGACCAGUACUGUGUGGUGGAGGCUAUUCCAGACAAGGAUGGGAAGCGUUGUCUCUUUUGUGUGAAGACACCAUGCAAGACCUACGAGAUGAGUGCUGCAGACCAGAAACAGAAAGUGGAGUGGACACAAGCUGUGCAGCAGGCCAUCCGUCUCCAGAGUGAAAAAAAGUCCUCCUUGCACCAGGAACUAAAGCUGAAGAGGCGGAUCCAGAGAGAGCUCAGCCAACGAGAGCGUAGCAUGAGCCUGGGUGCCAGGAGCCCCCGCGGCAGUCAAUCAGAUGAUCUUACAGCUCAAGCCAAUCUGGAGAAGGAACGGCAAGAAAAGACGAUAGAGAUUAUUAUUCAGCACCAGAGGGAGGUGGAGGCACAGCGCAGAGAGAAGGAAGAGAAAGAGAGGGAGAAACAGAGGGAGGUCCAGAGAGAGUUGGAGAGACAACUACUGGAGGCUGAGAAACUGCGGGAGAGCAUGCAGGCUGAGAUGGCAGAGAAGGAGAAAGAGGCUGAGCAGCAGAAGAGGAGGAUCAAGGAGCUGGAGCUGAUUCAACACAAACUGGAGGCCGCUCUCAAUACAGAGAUUCAGACUCGCGUGGAGGAGGAGAAAGUCCGGUUGGAGCUAGAGCGGGUACUGCAGGCCGAAGAGGAGAAGCGCAGGCAGUGCAUGCUGCUCCAGCAGCAGGAGGCAUCUCAUCACGUCAGCCCCAGGGAAGAGGCCCUGAACGGAGCUAAGGAAGAGUGUCCAGCCCCAACUGCCCUCCACUGCGCCUCCCAGGAACUCCAGAGCCUCAGAGAGACCCGCGAGAGGAGUCACCAGCACCUAGAGGAAGUCCAGGAGAAGCUCCGUAAAGCCAGUAACCAUGUACGACACUGGAACAUUCAGCUCAACCGACUGAUGAAACCUGUUGCUCCAGGCGAUAAGUUAUCAUCGUUGCCAGCUAAAAUCACCUGCCCAAAACAGGAGGGGGCAUUAGCCAGCAGUGAGUUCAUCACUAAAUUCCAACCAAGAACCAGUGAGGAAGCAUUGCAGUCCACAGACAGGCAAUCCCCUACAAUAGAGGAGGAGCUACAGGAACAGAUGAAAGAAGUCACCCUAUCAGAACCUGAGGGAUUAGAAGCACAAUCCAAUGGACAAGGUAGAUAAUAGUGAUUCUUGGUAAAUUUCUGGGUUUUCAUCCAAUGGUUUAAUGGCAGUGAAGUGUUUCAUCCAACCAUUUUAUGGCUGUCACAACAGGUUUGAUGGAUAAAGAUAACUUGUUGUUGAACAAUCAAAAGUGGGAUCUUUUUAUGUUGGAAAAAUUAAUAAUGCAAGAAAUGUUUAUGCAACAAUCACCAUAUCAAAGUGAAUAUGUAUGUAUCGUUCUACUACGACUCAGGAAAAAAUGCAGUCGCUCAGUUAACAGAUAACAUCUUUAUGUGAAUAAAAAUGGUAAGCUUGGCAUGGUGGUGAAUUAUGCAUGAUGUCCUUACAUGGCAAUGUAAGCAGAAAAGACACUAUAACUACGUACAUCACACACUUGGGGCAUUUUGGUGGAAAUUGUCCAUAUUGUUAUGAGUUUUGAGUAC